UGAAGCAGCCAAUGAGUCAGCAGCUGAUCAGGGUUAAUUUCACCUCAGCAGCCUAUAAAUAUAAGGACAACUGCACAGUCGAUAACGUCUGGAGCUGAACAGCGACUGAGUUUUUGUUUUGUAUAGGUUUUUCAAAGUAAAUUCAACAAUGGCAGUUCCCGUAGCUGUGUUUCCACCGAGCACAUCCUCAUCCAGCCCGGCUCUGCUGGAGCACAACAUUCACAUGAACGACAGGGAUCUGACAAGAAUUCCAACAAACACUGACAUCGACAAACUGCCUUUACAUUCGCCGUGGACCUUUUGGCUCGACAGGUCUCUUCCAGGAACAACAGCUGCUGAGUGCGAGUCAAAUUUGAAGAAAAUCUACACUGUGGAAACUGUCCAGAAUUUCUGGAGAGUGUACAACAACAUACCUGGGAUUUCCAGCUUACCACUGAGAUGCAGCUAUCACCUGAUGAGAGGAGAAAGGAAACCACUCUGGGAAGAGGAAAGCAAUGCCAAAGGCGGCGUGUGGAAAAUGAAAGUGCCAAAGGAAUGCACUUCUGCAGUGUGGAAGGAGUUGCUCUUGGCUACGAUCGGUGAACAGUUCAGUGAUUAUUGUGCAGAAGAGGACGAAGUGGUCGGUGUCAGCGUCAGCGUGAGAGACAGAGAAGAUGUUGUUCAGGUCUGGAACGGAAACGCGUCUUGUGUUAAUGAUUCAAAAGUGUUAGAGAGGAUUAACGAGCUUCUCCCACAAACACCCUUCAAAGCAGUGUUCUACAAACCCCAUGAGGAGCACCACGCCUUUGAACGAGGUCGAGCAAGAUAUUAGAGAGAUUUGAGGCAAUGGAAGCUUAAAUAUGGACAAUAUUUGUCUAUGUUUUGGACUCUGUGUUAUAAUUACCAGUUCUGAAGCAGUAGUGGCUCGCCAUAAUCUUAAUGACCUCUAACAAAAUUAGCAACGACAUUUUUAUUUUAGCUUUUUCUUUCAUUGAGUUUGUCUCUGGGAGUUUUAGUAUAAUUUACUUUAAUUUUUAUACAGCAAGAUUUGCAUUUAAGAAAAAUGCACAGCACAUAAUGUACAGUUAUCACACUCAGUGUUUUUUAGAACAAGUGCAGUUUUCGAAGCACAGACAAAUGCGUGUGUCAAAUGUUUUGGGUUAACUGUAGUUGGAGGCAAAGUUUCAGCCUUUUCCUGAAGACGGAUGCUUUUCUCUCUUUGUUUUGGUAAUUUUUCUUUGAUAUUAUAUAUAAUGGUUUAGCCUUUUUAGAGAUGUUUGAUAGAUAUUUCAUACACUGUUGUGCUUACAGCAUAUGUAUAAGAAAACUUGCACAUUUACAAUGAGUUCUUUGCAAUAUGAGAAAAGUGUGUUUUCUUUUGUGUAAAAUGACCUCACACCAAAUGAGUGAAUGUUUAGAAAUACUGUAUACGCAAUCACUUUUCUAGACUUUGUGUAUAAUUUGCAGUGUUACUGUUAUCCUAAAUCAAGCACUUUGUUUUUCCGUAUUGGACAUGUUUAUGACGUCACGUCCUUCUGGAUCGCUGUUUGUUGUUGUAAUUACAAAAAAAAACCACACACACAAAAAAAAUUUUGUUUGGAUUUUUUCACCUUGUCUGAAUGAGAAUAAAAUUUUGUAAACCUUUGUAAAGAAA